AUGGAGGACCCUGUGCACGAGGUGUCUAUGCAGGAGGCCCACCCCCAGCCCUAUACCAACGGCAGUACGGGCGUGUCGGAUCCACCCCCCGAUGCGGAAGACUGGUCGGGCGAGUCGUCUGCGUGGAUGGACCCGCGCGGCCAGCCAGCCAUGUCCUUAUCCAACAUUUUGAACCAACAGACGCUGCAUAGCCCUGCAGCGCCCUCGUCUUCGCCGCCACGACACCAAGCGCGCCGCAGUCCCACGCCAGAGCUGGACCGUGACGAAAUGCUCGCUGCACUUUUGCAGCGCAGCGCAGCGCAGAAACCGCAGAAACCCCGUGCAAAUGCACUCGCCGCGCCGCGCAGCAGUCGCGCGCCACCGUUGAGCGAUGGCGAGGAGUCGUGGGAUAGCGACUUGUCUGCAGAGGAGAAUGUGAAUGUGUGGAAGACGAGUUUGGCUAUGUAUACAGAAGAGCGCGCUGUGCACCAUGCCAUGCUCGAUGAGGCAUGGCAUGGAGUGCAGCAAGAGAAGCAGCGGCCCAUCUCGCGCCGUCUUUGUGAUGCGUACGUGGCAAAAUACCUCAAGAAGCGCCCGAAACGGACCGAGCGUGCGCAGCGUGGCGAGGAAGACAUUGAUAUGGAACUUCUCGACACCGUCACCGACUGCACGAACGAUGAUAGCGGCGAUCUCGACUCGUUUGCGGAUAUGGACGACGCUCUGUAUGCACACCACGAAUCCAGCGUCGAGAUCGAUUCCGACGAAGAAGCGCUACCUCAGCCCGUCUUGAUCGAUCCUGACACGGGCGCACUGCAUGGUGUUGUGCCCAUCGGCCGCCGCCGCGCUGCAAUGCUUUCCGAGGCUCACGAGCGAGUCUGGUCGGUGAUUGCGAAGCGUGAAAUUCCCAACGUAUACCGCACCGUGGUUGCCAGCGCUACCAACAAGGCCAUGUACUGGCGACGUCUUUCUAGUGUCGUGCAGCGCGAGGCGCGGCGCGGCGCGGCGCGGAACAACCGCUCGUCGAAAGACAUGCAGCUGCGCGCGCGCAAAGUCAUGCGCGAGCUGCUCCUCUACUGGAAGCGGAACGAGCGCGAGGAGCGCGAUCUGCGUAAGAAAGCAGAGAAGGAGGCGCUUGAGAAAUCCAAGAAGGAGGAAGAGAUGCGCGAGGCCAAGCGGCAAGCGCGCAAGCUCAAUUUCCUGAUUACCCAGACAGAGCUGUACAGUCACUUUAUUGGGAACAAGCUCAAGACCAGCGAGGCAGAAGAGGACGAGGAGACGUCCAGCGCCGCGCCGCCGUCUGCAGCGACUGUUGAGCCGGUGGCAGAAGUAGACGAGGCGCAGCUAAAGGAGAUUGACUUUGACGACGAGGACGAGUCGAAUAUGCGCGCACACGCCGCGCGAAAUGCAAACGAAGCUGUGCGUGCGGCCAAAGAUAAGGCACAUGCAUUCGACACAGCGGUUGCCGACGAGCGCAAGCGCAACGAGGCGCAAAAGGACCCGACGUCGACGUUUGACGCCGACGACAUGGACUUUGUCAACCCCUCGUCGAUGGGCAUCACCGAAGUCAAGCAGCCCAAGAUGCUGACGUGCACAUUGAAACCGUACCAGAUCAAGGGCCUUAGCUGGCUUGCCAACCUGUACGAGCAAGGCAUCAAUGGCAUCCUCGCCGACGAGAUGGGCCUCGGGAAAACAGUACAGAGCAUUGCAUUGAUGGCCUACCUCGCCGAAGUCCACGAUAUCUGGGGCCCAUUUCUGGUGAUUGCCCCUGCCUCGACGCUGCACAAUUGGCAGCAAGAGAUCUCUAAAUUUGUUCCGGCGCUCAAGGCGCUGCCCUACUGGGGCAACGUCAAGGACCGCGCAGUUUUGCGCAAGUUUUGGAACCGCAAGCAGAUCUCCUACGACCGCAACGCACCAUUCCAUGUGCUUGUCACGAGCUACCAGCUCGUGGUCUCUGACGAGAAAUAUUUCCAGCGAGUCAAGUGGCAGUACAUGGUCCUCGACGAAGCGCAAGCGAUCAAAUCCUCUUCCAGCAACCGCUGGAAGACGCUUUUGGGUUUCCACUGUCGCAACCGCCUGCUUCUCACCGGCACGCCUGUGCAAAACUCGAUGCAGGAGUUGUGGGCCUUGCUGCACUUUAUCAUGCCCAGCCUCUUUGACUCGCACGAUGAAUUCAGCGAGUGGUUCUCCAAGGAUAUCGAGAGCCAUGCGGAAAACAAAGGCACGCUGAACGAGCACCAACUGCGCCGGCUGCACAUGAUCCUCAAGCCGUUUAUGCUGCGCCGCAUCAAGAAGAAUGUGCAAAACGAGCUCGGGGACAAGAUCGAAAUUGAUCUCUACUGCGACUUGAGCGCGCGCCAGAGACUCUUGCACCAAAACCUGCGCUCCCAUGUGUCUGUCGCAGACUUGGUAGACAAGGCCAAUACCAGCGACGAGUCUGGCCUCAAGAGCCUCAUGAACCUCGUCAUGCAAUUCCGCAAGGUGUGCAACCAUCCGGAGCUGUUUGAGCGGGCAGACGUGCAGGCGCCUUUUGCCUUUGGCUCGUUUGCCGAGUCGGUCGCCAAUGUGCGCGACGGAGACAUGCUGUGGUGCCCACACUCGCUCCGCUCUUUCUUAGACGUCGAGGUCCCCAAGCUCUUUGCCAAGGACGGCCUCUUUUCCGUGCCCACCGAGCACAAUCGCACGGGCUUUGAUACGCGCUACCUGCACUCGCUUAUGAACAUUUGGCGCGCGCCGCACAUUACGGAAUCCUACAAAGAGCACGACAGUGCAUUUAGCUUCUUGCGCAUGCUCGAACUGCACCCCAGCGACGCUCAGCGCGCAUUCCACGGCAAUCCUCUGGAGCGGAUGGUCGCCAUCGCUGCCGAGGAUCACCGCAGGACGCACCAAGACGCACUCGUGUACGACGACGACUUUGCCGCCAGUGCCCUGCGCCCUUUGGGGACGGUGCGCCGCGCAGUUCCGUUUGCUACGCAGCGCCCUGCUCCCAGUCUUAUCCCCCUCGGCUGCAUCUCCGAGCACGCAACCCUGGAACGUGUGGGCCGCACAGCAUUGCGCACGGCCAUUCCUGCCGCCGUCGCACCGCAGAUACGCUUGCACGCAAAUCACCGACCGUUUGUGGAGCGCGUGGAGCGUACGAUGCACGAUGAAGCAGCCGUGCACGCAUUCUAUGGCCUGCCGCCCGCUGCGAGCGAAGAUCCUGUCGAGGUAGACAGGAUGCAACGGCGCAUACAAGUGCCGCCGCACGGCCUUGUCUCGAGCUCGAGCACGAUGCAGCUCUGGAAGAGCCCGAUGCAGGUGCCGCAGAUGAACAAGCUCAUUGUUGACUCUGCCAAACUUGCGCGUCUCGACGUGCUUUUGCGCGAGCUCAAAGCACAAGGACACCGCGUCUUGAUUUAUUUCCAGAUGACCAAGAUGAUUGACAUCAUGGAAGAGUACCUGAUUCAUCGUCAGUACAAGUACUUGCGUCUGGACGGUGCAUCGAAGAUUUCAGAUCGGCGCGAUAUGGUGACGGAUUGGCAGACGCGGCCCGAGCUCUUCGUCUUUCUCUUAUCUACGCGCGCCGGCGGCCUCGGCAUUAAUCUGACCGCGGCGGAUACCGUGAUUUUCUACGACCACGACUGGAACCCCUCGAACGACUCCCAGGCAAUGGACCGUGCACACCGUCUUGGACAGACCAAGCAGGUCACAGUGUACCGCUUGAUUACCAAAGGUACGAUUGACGAGCGCAUCGUCAAGUUGGCGCGGAACAAGAAGGAGGUGCAGGACAUUGUCGUCGGCAACAAGGCCUACAGCGAGUCGGGCAUGGCCAAACCGCAGGAAAUUGUAUCGCUCUUGCUUGAUGACGACGAGCUUGCGGGCGAUAUGCUGCGGCGCAAGCAGGCCGACGAGGCGCAGCUCGCACAGGACAAGGCCGAGAAUGCACGCGCAAUGCACGCACGACGACGCAUGAACAAGGCGGCGGCGCAGUCCAAUGCUCCGGACACGCCCGGCGUGCAUUGGGCACUGGAGGAGGACGAGGACGACUUUUUCGGCGCCAAGCCUCCCAAAGUGGCCGAGGUGGCCGAGGUGCCAAGUGCCAAGUCCAAGAAGCGUACCAAGAAAGGAACCGAGGCGAAUGGCGAAACGAAGCGUGCACGCAUGGCAAAAGGCGAAGCAGAGGAGGUGGAUGAGGCAUCGCUAAAGGUAUCUUGA